AUCCAUAAGUGACGGUGAAAAGACCAUUUAUUUAAUAAGAAACGAAAACAACGGUUUCGAAUAUUGUUUGAGUGAAAUGUCGGAUAUUGAAGGGGGUCACCUGUCGAAGCGGCACAAAGGUGCCUCGUCGAGAGGAUCAUCUGAAACACCCGUUUCGUCGGUACCAUCCGCAUCCCAUUGGCGCGAGGAACAUAAAUCAAAAUUUAAAAUCUGUUUUUCGUCGAAAACGAUCAAAUCAUCACAUUCCGAACAAUUGAAACAAUUUUUUAACAAAGAGGAAAAAGCACUACCAAAAUUUCUCGAAAAGUUUGGUACAUUUAAUAUUCACGACGACGUUCCGGCUGAUUUUGGUAGUGUCGAACGAGAUCUCGUAAAUCAGUUGAAUCAUUUUCAAACCUUCGGCACAGAGGCGGUGUCACUGGAUGUCACUAAAAAUAUUAUGAAAUUAUUCAUCGGUAAAGACCAGUUCGUUCAAUCUCAAGUGAAACUGAUGUAUGGUGUCGCUGACCUCGUAUUUACGAAACGAGUCGAAUCGUGGCUACUAAUGUUUUGUGCCGUAGGGGUAAAGGGCGCCCGUUCAGUUUACGAUGAAGAGUAUCGGGAAAAAUGUCGAACACAACUGGCGGCCUACAUAAUUUCUAUGGCCAUAGAGAAUGACAAGAAACUUCGGAUGUUCGAAAACAAACGCUUUGGCAGCCAGACAUUGUAUGGUGUGUUACAAAUUGGACUAUCGCCGUUCUUUUAUCGCACUGAGAUCACCGACUCGUACAUCGAUGCAAUUAAAUCGUUUGAAGCCGUUCCAGAUGUACAAAUUCAAGAACUCCUGCCCAACAAUCCGUACAACGAUAGAGAGCUUCUUAACAAUGCCUUGCGACCGACUUUAUUAAAGUUUUACCAGGCAUUGCUAAGCGAAGACACAUAAAAUUACACUCACGUAGUUGAAAAGUGUAUAAAACGACCACUCCAGUUGUGUUCCAAUUCUGGAGUGGUUUUGCACUUCAUGGCACACGUGCCUUCAUUCACACUCUACUUUCGACAUACUACUUCACGAGGUUCUGACCCAUUACGUGACCGUCGACAUCAUUUUGAUUAUGGCCAAUCACCCAGGCCCAGGCGUUCGAUCGUCCAUCGUCACAUUGUUGUCAAACAUCUGCAAUCGGCUUGACGAAUCCGUUCACAACAAUUGCACGAAAUCGUACAAAUCGAUUGGGGGAUCUCUCUAUCUCAUACGAGGAUUUUCGAAGAUUUUGGCGUCUAACGAUUCUCGUUUACGAGAGUUACAGAAGUCGAUUUUGGAACUCAUCACCGAAAUCAACACUGCCGAAACUCUGUCCGCUUACUUGAAUAUCCUCUCCGGAGAUAAUGCGCCAGUUGAUUUGCUACUGCCGCGGCUCGUCUAUUUGGGAAAAGCUGCCUACCAAGUUCAACCAACAUACGCCUUUCAAUUUCCUAGUAUCAACGAUGAAUCCAUCAAAUCAUCAUGUGAGCCAUUAAUACUGAAGGACAUUAAACAAAUCCACGACUACCAUGAAGUGCAUAAGCAGACAACGGCCUUUACCAAGGCAUCGUAUGUCAUACCACUGAAUUGUCUCAAUUUUUCGCCGUGGAAUUCCGAUGGAUUUACUGUAACUACGUGGAUUAAUAUGGCGCCACGGUAUGGCAAGCAUAAGGUCAGGUCGAAUAGUAGUUCGGACGAAGAAGAUCCGUUCCGUGAAAUUGUUGAAGAAAAAUCAAAACUAGAAAAGCUGCAUCUGCUAUCGGUCGGUUCCAACAAAUUGCUUUUCACCGUAUACGUGAGCCCAAGCGACAGUAGCACCGUGUUUCUUCAACUCAGCAAACCAAGCGCUCAAUAUGCUGAAAGGAAAAUUCCCAAGCUCACCCGCAGCAGUACAGAAGUAAUGCCCGAUCCAGUAUCGCCUCGAAAGAAAAGCCCAUGUCCAUGCACAUCGCAACAACGUCGUCGCAAAUCGUCCAGAGCCAUUUCACCCAUACAGGACGAAUUGGAAUCGAAGCCAUCGCAGUCAGCGCAGCGGGAAUAUGUAAAAAAUGGUAACGGUAAACAGGGAGACGACACUCUUGGACUGAAUGUCCUGUCGAGCACAUAUCAUGCCGUAAAAAGCACACACAUAGCCAUUCGCAACAGCCUCAGCCAGUUCAAUCUGUUUUCGUCUACGUCUCCCGAGGAAUAUUUUACAUCACAACUGCCGCUGGAAGUGAAGGGAUUGAAACUGGCGCACAAUCAAUGGAAACAUUUAAGCUUCUCCGUACUGUUUACUGGGUCCGAGAUGAAGGUGCGAAUAAUGGUCGACGGAUCGUUUCAACGAGACCUCAGCAUUCCGUGUUCACACCAAGUGAAAAACGAUAAAUUUCAAGUGCUGUGCGUCGGUUCCAAAUUAACAUCACCCAAGCUGGUGGAGUACAUCAACAAUGACACGACGAAAUCGAAACCGCCGGAGCUGGUGUACUCAUUGUCAAAUGUACAUCUGUUUCGAACGUGCAUCCUUGAAGCUGACGUUUUAGGAAGUUUGGUUGCUCUUGGAGCAGAUUAUAUGAGUCUUACACAGUGUCAGAUUGGCAAUGUUCUACCGAACUUCGGAUUUCUAAGUUCGAUGGCCAGUUUGUCCGGAAAUGUUGAUUUUACAAGAGCGAUGACAAUUCUCAAGGACAAUUUGACUGUCGUUUUUGACUCUAUGGAUGCGAACAUCGUGUCUGGCUUUACGAACCGUGCAAGUAAUAACUUAAGUGGUGGAGAGACCAUGGGAAUGAUCACGUUCGGCUCUGGCGCCAAUUGCUUGCAGAUCCCUUCGUUCCAAACUGCGACCUUGUUAUGUGGUGGCAUGGCCACUUUGUUGUUUUUGUUUGCGAAGGUAGUGGAGCUGUCCGAUUCCGAAUUCAUUCAAUCGUCGGCCCUAACAUUUCUGCUCAAAAUUGCUCAUUCAAAUCCCCAUUUGUACACGGAAUUCAUUCGAAAAGACUACACCAGCCUGAUUGGACCUGUCAUCCAUUCGACUGGCUGCAUCAAGGGAAUCAAUUUGCUCAAUAGUAUCCUAGAAACGGCCUGUGAUAAACCGGUUUUGACGAAACGAUCGGAUGGUUUCCAUGUGGUGGCAACGGCAAAUGCGAACAUUGUCCAUCCCAACUUACUGAUGUCGAUAAUUCAUCGCUACUCCGAUUGGCAUGUGCCGAAAAGUCAUGACUCGACCAUAUUGGCUACGCUUCUGGAAACGUUCCAGGCACUCGUCCGGGAAAAACAUCCAAGACAAGCGCAAAAUAUCCAUUGUCUCAGCAAAGCCGGACUGAUACCAGCGUUGCUCAAUUUUUGCAAAGUUCAUUUGAUCUGUGUGACGGAACCAGCGUAUUUGUCUCGCCAGGCAGCUGACUCGAUUGUCAAUUUGAUGAGUAUUUUUGCGGGUUCGCCACCCAAUCCAUCGUUGCUGGACGAUAUAAUCAAAGUGCUACUGCUGUUGCAUCGUCCCAGCGAAAGCUUCAUAACGCACGAUCGGUCGAAAUUUUACUUCUUAAUCUCGUCGAUGGUCAUGGUGAAGCAAAAACGGAUCAGUCUGCCCAUGUCAACGCGAAAAUUAAGCAUCAACAUUCGCCGCGAGAGAAAGAACACAGUUCCGAUGCGUAAGAGUCCAACCAAGGCACCAACCAUGAGAUCUGUGUCGAUGGAUCAUUCGUUGGAUCGUUCUGGCAGCUCAAUCAAUCAAUCAGUUGAUAGAUUACCGUCCACGAAUUCGGACGACCGGGAAUGUACGAGGAGAGAAAAUGAAGCGACCGUCGAAAAUGGGACAGCGAAAGAGAAUGAGGCGCCCGUCGAAAAUGGAACUCACCUCAAUAAUUCUGGAUAUCCUACCGCAGAUGGUCUCGAUGCUAUUGUCAGUUAUUCAGCGGCUGAUCGUCGAAUGAAAAAGUUAUUGAAGCCAGGUCAACCACCGGCGCUGCUGCUCAAUUCACAGUUCAAGAAACGGUCGUUCAUUAAAAAGAAUAAAAUGGGCAAGAGGUCACCGUCGAGUCUAAGCUCCCGGACAACAACAGACAGCGAGACUGAGAAAGAUGCGAGAGGAAAAGGAACUGUUGCGGAAAGCGGCGUUGAAGACGACAUGCAACUGGUGAAAGACUACGAAGUCAUUGCCAUCGAGGAUGUUCGUAAUUUGGAGGAGAAAACGAAUUUCAAAUUUCAGCGACAAGAUCUGCCCUUCGAGAAUACGCAGUACGGCAUAACUCAACUGCAGAAUGGACUUUUCAAUUUAUUAAAGGAUUUCAUACUGAUUCUGCCGGACGCAUCGAUACAGGAGGUUCUGUCCCAUUACGUGACCGUCGACAUCAUUUUGAUUAUGGCCAAUCACCAAGACCCAGGCGUUCGAUCGUCCAUCGUCAAAUUGUUGUCAAAUAUCUGUAAUCGGCUUGACGAAUCCGUUCACAACAAUUGCACGAAAUCGUACCAUUGGCAUCACCUGGCCAAUCAAAUCUCUCUGCACCAAGCCGACGUGAAUUUGGUCACAAACAUUGUUCAAUGAGUAACGUCGCGGGGAUUGACCUUGUCGCUGGAUCAAUUGGUUGCAGACAACAGUGCUCGAAUCGAAGAGAAAUGCUGGUCUGUACUCGUUGAUCGCUAUUCUGCCGCAAUGCAUUCAUGAUUUGAAUCUGACGCAAAAUGUGUUCACAUUCAUGGACAAAUUGUAUGCGCACGAAGCGGUUUAUGAUCGUCAUUGGAAUUCUACCGUAGGCCGCAACAAAGUUCUUUUCCACAUGGGGACAACAAGUCCACGGGUGCUGGGUAGCAUUCAAAGUCUAAUGGCAACGAUCACCUACAAGUCACUCGCAUCCAAUGGGAACAUAAGAGUGAGUGGAACAGAGACACCUUCCUUUCAAAAUUGUUUUCACUUCGAUUCACUCAGGUCGUUUGGGAUUUAUUGAAUGGCCUCUCGUUUAUGGAAGAAAGUGAAAACCUAACGGUCCAACGUUGCCUCAGAUCCACACAGGCUGUUAUAUUAAGUAAACUGCUGGAAUCGUUUUUUCGACAUGGACAUCGACAUCGAUUACGAACUGAUGGAGCAUACGCCCGUUGAUAAUCAAACGAUUUUGCCGUGCAAAGAGACUGACCGCAAAAUGUCGGUGGAAAAACCAACGAAAACGAUGAGUCCGGCUGCAAGUAAGGAAACAAUUUGCAACGAAACCAUUGAUGAGUCCUUCCUUUCAAUGGAAGUUGCAGUUCGCAAGGGCGAUUGCGCAAGUGAAUCUACGCUAAACAGUUCCGCGGAACGUCAUACACUAUCGAAAAGUAAGGAAUAUACCGUAGAGGAUGCUGGCUAUGAAAUUCGAAUCUUUUUAACUAAGAAACGGAAGAAGGGCAAGGCCGCUAAAGUUACCUCCUGACCAUUUACUGUUUUUAAUUCGUUGUUGCCUUUUAGCGUUGUUAGAGUUUCUGAAUAAAAAAGUUGAUUUGA